GUUAGCUCUGAUUUAAGAGCCCGACUUUAAUCUGUUGCCGUCUCCACAGAUGAUAAAGGUGACAGGGGUUCGACACCGGCGCUCACUUGUAAAUAAUAACAAGACCCAGAUCAAACAGGUGAUUCACCAAGAGCUUUUGUUCCUUCGCGUUUUAAUAAUAAAGCGCCGUGCACGAUGUUAAGUGUCAGCUUAAUUUCUGAUUGGGCGGGUGGUGGACGUAUGUUAGACAUAUGCGCGCGGUGGGUGGGUGUCGACGUGUUUUGAAAAGGAAAAAAGAGGAGGCAGGGGGAGUGGAGCGUUUCAGUAUGUGUGGAGACGCACGGAGAGGGGAUGCUCAGAGGAGACGGUGAGUGGCGUCGGCCUCAGCUCUCCAAAGCUGUAGGCUUUGGGUGAGAGAGGCGUGGCGCACCAGUGGCACCCAGACUGAAAACCACCUGUAUGGAUGAGCAGACCUCCGGCGUGAUCCAGUUGCCCUCGUCUGUCAGGCACAGGGUCAGCAACGGCACCGACAGACGGGGUGAUGCCGAGGUGGAGUCGGGCGUCAUGACGGUGGAAAACAUGCUGGAGGAGUCCGCCGUGCUGUCGGCGCCUCACCUGACCGUGGGUCGAUAUGAACGCGGACACCAGGGAUGCUGCGAGCGGGUGGUGAUCAACAUUUCAGGUUUACGCUUCGAGACGCAACUGAAAACUUUUAACCAGUUCCCGGAGACGCUGCUGGGGGACCCACGGAAAAGGAUGCGUUACUUUGACCCGCUGAGAAACGAGUACUUCUUUGACAGGAACAGACCGAGCUUUGAUGCCAUCCUGUACUACUACCAGUCCGGAGGGCGCAUACGGAGACCUGUUAACGUUCCAAUUGACAUUUUCUCCGAGGAGAUCCGCUUUUAUCAGCUGGGGGAGGAGGCCAUGGAGAAAUUCAGGGAGGACGAAGGGUUUAUAAAAGAAGACGAGCGCGUGCUGCCCAAAAACGACUUCCAAAAACAGGUUUGGCUUUUGUUUGAGUACCCUGAGAGCUCCGGGCCAGCGAGAGGGAUUGCCAUUGUCUCUGUGCUGGUAAUUCUGAUUUCUAUUGUCAUCUUCUGCAUGGAGACUCUGCCUGAAUUCCGGGAUGAGAGAGAACAGUCCACGGUGGCACCGGUGGUCAAUGGCACUGCCCCCAGUGUGCCGAGCCCCUUCACAGACCCUUUCUUUGUUAUAGAGACUCUGUGCAUCAUCUGGUUCUCCUUCGAGUUGCUGGUGAGAUUCUUCGCCUGCCCCAGCAAAACUUCCUUCUCCAAAAACAUCAUGAAUAUCAUUGACAUUGUCGCCAUAGUGCCAUACUUUAUCACUCUGGGCACAGAGCUGGCUGAGAGGCAGAUCAACGGCGGCCAGCAGGCCAUGUCCCUCGCCAUACUGAGGGUGAUCAGACUGGUAAGGGUCUUUCGCAUAUUUAAGCUCUCUCGACACUCAAAGGGGCUUCAGAUUUUAGGACAGACCCUCAAGGCCAGCAUGAGGGAGCUGGGUUUGCUCAUAUUCUUCCUGUUCAUCGGAGUUAUCCUCUUCUCCAGUGCGGUUUACUUUGCAGAAGCAGACGACCCCACAUCCAGCUUCACCAGCAUCCCAGAUGCCUUCUGGUGGGCAGUGGUCACCAUGACCACGGUGGGAUACGGGGACAUGCAUCCAGUGACCAUAGGUGGGAAAGUUGUGGGGUCACUGUGUGCGAUCGCGGGCGUGCUAACCAUUGCUUUACCAGUGCCAGUCAUCGUGUCCAACUUCAACUACUUCUACCACAGGGAGACUGACGGAGAGGAGCAGCCACAGUACGUGAGCACCGGGAGCUGUGAGCACCUCCCCUCUGGGGAGCUGAGGAGGAAGUCGUGCAGCUCGUCGACCCUCAGCAAGUCUGAGUACAUGGUGAUAGAGGAGGGCAUCAACAGUGCGUUCAAACAGCCCAACUACACAACUGAGAACAACCAGAACUGUGUAAACAUCAAGAAGAUCUUCACGGACGUGUAAACCAAUCACAGACGGAGCAGCAGGAAAAAGCUAUAAUGUUAUAUAAUAAUAAUAUUAUUUUUAUAUAGCCCAGUGUAAUGUGUCUGUCAGUACAUAUCUGUGCAUAAUCUCUGCUAAAAUGUCUGUUUUGAUAAGUAACUGGUGUAUUGAUUAUUUCUUCUUUUUUUCUGAACAUUCCAACUUAUGAAUAUUCGUUAUCUCUCCUAUUUCUAAGGCUUGAAUGUGACCUACAAAAAGUAAUAAUUUCACUUCAUGAAAAUAUGAGUUUGCAGUGCAUUUAUGCUGCUUGUAAAAACAGACAUUUGUAAACAGUGUGAUGUGCCACCUGAUGCCUACAUAUCGGUGUUAUCAUGCGAAUGUUGUUGGUGUUUAUGGCUGGAUUAUACACGUGUAGCAUAUACUCUACUAUAAUGCAUCUAUAGCCAUCAGUCGACAAUGAUGUCUCGUGCUUAACUGUGGAGAGAGAAAAAAGUUGUUAUUGUCCAGUAAUGUGAAAAAUAGACAAUGGACAGAGUCCAACUUGAUAUCAUAACCAGUCAACCUGUUGGACUCUUGUGCAGGUUGUUUUUUGGGGUAUAUUUGAAGACAAAAUAGAGGGAAAUGGUUAUCACAAAUGAUGAGGUGAAAUUUGUAUUUUUAUUCACUACAUGCCUAUAGCCUCUAUAUGAAAUAAAAGGCAAGUGAUGUAAUGUGGACUCAGGAGGUCAUUAUCUGCUUUGCUUCCAUGUUGAUAGUAUUAUUUUGUAUUUCUGAUUUACUUUCAGAGUAUGUGUGUGUGUGUGUGUGUGUGUGUGUGUGUGUGUCUGGGUGUGAUCACGUGACGCUAGCAUGAAAACAGCAUGGACAAAGAGGAGGAAGAGAGCAACAGUAUCCCGCCUCCCUGCACACUGAUCCCGCCUUGUGAUGCAGUCUCCAUGACGACAAUGGUUUCCCGGGUAACCCCCUCUAAUGUUACCAUGGCAUUUUGUUGGAAGACUUUCCAACUGUGCUUCAUUAUCUCCUUUACUAUCACCUUUUUGUCCUUGAAGGUGAGACAGGAAGUGGUGUGUGUGUGUGAAGGUUUUUAUUUCCAGGUUUGCAUUUAUGACUAUUUAUUUUGAUUUAUUUCAGUUAAACAACUGUGGAUGGGUGAACGGUGUCAGUCUGUGAUCCUGGUCCUGAAUCCUGCAGCUUCAGUGCAGUGUGUUGGUGGAUCUCUUUCAUCUCAUUAAAUCUCUGGGAUCUCAUUAAAAAGGCAUCGUGUUAGUGCAGCCGGCCUUUUGUCUUUUCUUUUUAACUAAAAGCACCGUGGCGUCUUUGUUUUUCAGAUGUGAGCUCCUUUCUCUGGAGUUGGCAUGUCAACUGGGCCCUGACGUCAGCUGCUUUCAUCCCCUCGUGUGAACACUUGCAUGUGUGCCU